AAGACCCCCGAGGAGCUCUUUACCGGUACGAAGCCUAGCGGGAAACAUCUUCGAGUAUUCGGGUAUAUAACCUAUACGCUUAUACCGAACGAGCAACGAGUAGAUAAGCUAGAAGACUCGGUAUACUCCGGCAUCUUUAUCGGGUAUAGCCCGUCUACGAAGUAG